AUGUUAUUUAACCAAGUUGAUCAGUAUGCCAAAAUCGAAUCUGAGCGUUUGGCGUUUAUAAGACACAAUCAAAAGACAUUACGUGCUGAAAGUUAUAUUCAUCUACAGGACGCAUUGCGCUCAAAUGAACAAAGCAAUAACAUUGGACAAUUAGUUAUAUGGCCAUCAUGUUUUACGGGGGGACCGAGGUAUCUUCAUGAAAAAACACAGGAUGCAAUGACUUACGUAAAAAAUUAUGGUAAACCAGAUUUAUUCAUCACGAUGACAUGUAAUCCACACUGGCCCGAGAUCUUAAAUAAUAUCCAUACUAAUUCAAAACCUCAAGAUAGAUACGACAUAGUAAAUCGAGUUUUUCAUUUAAAGGUGCAAAAGCUGUUAACUCUCAUUAAUAAACAUAAUAUAUUUGGCCCUUCACGGUGUUAUAUGUAUACGGUUGAAUGGCAAAAGCGUGGGUUACCACAUAUACACCUUCUUCUUUGGCUUACAAACAAAAUCCAACCAGACCAAAUUGACAGUGUAAUUACAGCUGAAAUACCAAAUAAAGAAGAAGAUCAAGAACUGUAUGAUAUUGUUGUAAAGCACAUGAUUCAUGGACCAUGUGGGGCUUUUAACCAUAACUCACCAUGCAUGAUUGAGGGGAAAUGUUCUAAGAAAUUCCCAAAACAAUUUCAGAGAAAUACCUCUUCUGGUGACGAUGGCUAUCCAAAGUAUAGAAGAUUAUCACCCGAAGAAGGUGGAAAAAUAUGUACUAUUCCAAAUCAUGAAAUUGACAAUAGAUGGAUUGUACCCUACAACAAACUUUUGCUUAAAGUAUUUGAUUGUCAUAUUAAUGUAGAAUUAUGUAGUUCUAUAAAGUCGAUAAAAUAUGUAACUAAAUAUAUUAAUAAAGGCAGCGACCAAGCUACGUUUAGCGUGCAGUCGAAGUGGACCAAUAUCAGUCAGGUCGCUACAUUUGUAGCUCAGAAGCAAUUUGGCGGAUUUUAUCAUUUAGUAUACACGAGAGAGCACCAACUGUUAUCCAUUUCGCAGUUCACUUAG